CACAUGUUAGAGAAGCCAUGCAAUUCCGAUCCCCGUCGAUGCUACCCUUAACCGUUGCUAAAUCCCUCAAACAUAAUCCGCUUUUCUCUACCUUCAAAAUUACUUCUUCCGUUGUCGGCCGUACAGACUAUUUGUGGCGGCUGCGCGGUGUGUCUAACGGCGACCAGCAAAUCCGCCGGUUUUCUUCACGAAGCCACCUCCAAAUCAUCGCCGACCGGGAGAGGGAUGAGCUGGCCAGGAAAAACGGCUUCAAUCUCACCCAAUUCCCGCCUGAAAAGAUUCGGAAUUUCUCCAUUGUAGCGCACAUCGACCAUGGGAAAAGUACGCUUGCCGACAGGCUCCUCGAGCUCACAGGAACUAUUCAGAGAGGAGUUAAUCAACCUCAGUAUCUCGAUAAAUUGCAAGUGGAGAGGCAGAGAGGGAUAACUGUCAAAGCUCAGACAACAAGCAUGAUCUACACUCACGACCAUUCAUCAUAUUUAUUGAACUUAAUCGAUACUCCAGGCCAUGUGGAUUUCAGCUACGAAGUCUCGAGAUCCCUAGCAGCCUGCCAAGGUGUCCUUCUAGUCGUCGAUGCAACUCAAGGCAUCCAAGCACAAACAGUCGCCAAUUUCUACCUUGCCUCCGAAUGCAACCUCGCCGUAAUCCCCGUGAUAAACAAGAUAGACCUGACCUCAGCCGAUCCGGACAACGUCAAGCGCCAGCUGGCAGCCACAUUUGAUCUCGACCCUAGCUUGGCUCUCCUGGCAUCGGCCAAAACUGGGGAAGGUCUUGAGAAGAUUCUGGAAGCCAUCAUCGAAAGAGUGCCUCCGCCGAGUGGGAAAAUGUGUUCGCCUCUGAGAAUGCUUCUGUUCGACUCGUUUUUUCACGAGUACAAGAAGGUGAUAUGCUAUGUGGCUGUUGUGGACGGGAUUUUGCGUAAGGGUGAUAGGAUUAAAUCAGCGGGGAGUGGCAAAGGUUACGAGGUUUCUGAUGUUGGGGUUAUGCAUCCAGAGUUUAAGGCCACGGCUUUUCUGAUGACGGGGCAAGUGGGGUAUGUGGUUUGCGGGAUGCACUCGACUCAAGAAGCUCGUGUUGGUGACACUCUGCACAAGAGGCAAAGUGGUAUUCAGCCUCUCCCGGGUUUUCAACCUGCAAAACACAUGGUAUUCUCUGGUCUAUACCCUGCUGAUGGGACUGGUUUGAGUGAACUUGAGCAUGCUAUAGAGAAACUUACAUGCAAUGACCCAAGCGUGUCUGUUGAUAUUGAGAGCAGUGCAGCGCUUGGUCGUGGUUUCAGGUGUGGUUUUCUAGGUCUACUUCAUAUGGAUGUAUUUCAUCAGCGGCUUCAACAGGAAUAUGGAGUCCAUGUUCACAACACAAUUCCAACCGUACCUUACAUUUUUGAAUUUCAAGAUGGGAGCAAAGUAGGAAUGCAUAUGUGCACUGAUCGUUACAAAAACAAGAAACUCAAAUCUAUCUGGGAACCUACAGUAAUUGCCAAAAUCGUACUUCCUAGUGAGUAUUUGGGACCUGUCAUUACCCUAUGUGUCGAGCGUGAAGGAGAACAAGUGCAGUUUUCUUAUAUCACCAGCAAGCAGGUACUUCUGAAAUAUCGACUACCGUUGAGGGAAAUUGUCGUCGACUUUUACGAUAUACUGAAAACUAAAACAUCGGGAUAUGCAAUAUUUAUGUAUGAAGAAGCAGACCACAGACUUUCAAAAUUGAUAAAGCUUGAUGCCUUCCUAAACAACAAAAAAGUUGAUGUCAUGGCCACCAUUGUUCACAAAUCUCGAGCUCAAAAUGUUGGUGACAGCAUGUUGCAGAUGCUGAAGAAAUAUAUUGACAGGAGUCAGGACAAUUCGAUUAUGAUAACAGAAGCUAUCACAGGUCAAGUGGUUUCAGUACAGAGAGCUAUUUUAUUGUUGGGUUAUCCUUUUUUGUCUGAUGUGGGGACGUAUGAGAAGAGCAGGGUUCCAGCUGCACCUUUGGAUCGUAAAGGUGCGAAAAGGCAAUUCAAACCCCAAAAAUCUGUAAGUAUUCCUCGGGAGGCAUUUCUAGAGAGCAUGAAGCUUUCUUAGGAGAAAUCAUAAAAGGGAGGCAAGUUUAUUAGUCCUUAAUUAUUUUCACGUGGAUUUAUGUGAAUAGAGUCGACAUUGAUAUAUUUUGUGAUCUUGUUCGUCUUACUAAUCGUAUCGAUGUAGUGCGAAUUUCACUUUACUACCGGCUAAUUUUCACUUUACCAUCAACCAAUUGAUCUUCCGUGUAUUUG